AUGUACAAGAGGAUCGAGGAGUGCUGCAAGUAUCAGGGGCAGAUAAAAAAAUUAACGAAGACGAAGAGGAGGAAAAAGAAGGUGGUCGAUGUCGAUGAUGAAUGCAAGGGCAGAGGAGAUGAGAGCGCUCGGGGUGCAGUUAGGAGGAAAUUAACGCCUGUGAAGAGUCGAUGUGUAUCGGAAAUUGAGAGGAUAAAACCAUCCGUCAAUGUUAGAGAUCAAUACUCGUUUUCACGGCAUAUUCAAUGUGUCAUGGAUAGCUCGGCCAAGGAUUCAGGUUUAUCCAGGAGUUUUUAUGGGAUUUCCACGGCUGAUCGCGCACAAAAGAGAAAAGCGCGGAAAAAACCCUCGAAUAAAAUAAAACCCACGCGGAUGGAGGACACGAGGACAAGGGGAACCCAUGGAGUUCGAGAUUUGGACUCUAAAAAUGUCAGAUCAGUGAAAUUCAGGGGUAACGGACGGAAACAGGUUGCGGGGACCGAGGGUUCAACUGAUUCUGACUCGAGUUCCGAAUACGACGAGAUAUGUUCUUUUGAUAGCGACAUCAAUCUUUCUGGAGUGACCUUGACCGCCGAGGAUCAAGCUGCGGUUGUAGAGAACUACACAAAGGCUCAUACGUCUCUGACAAUUACUGGGAAUGUCAGCAAGUCCGGAGUGGUUGAAACUGCAUAA